CACGUGAGGCGGCGGCGGGAGCGCCCGAACGGCCGGAGCGGGGCCGCGGGGCUGUCCUGGGCCCUCGCUGCCAUGGCCAUGCAGAUGCAGCUGGAGGCCAGCGCAGACACCUCAGCAGAGGAGGAGAGCUUCGGGCCACAGCUCAUAUCCAGGUUGGAGCAAUGUGGCAUAAAUGCCAAUGAUGUGAAGAAGCUGGAAGAAGCUGGAUUUCACACGGUGGAGGCCGUGGCUUAUGCGCCAAAGAAGGAGCUGCUGAACAUUAAAGGCAUCAGCGAAGCCAAAGCCGACAAAAUCUUGGCUGAGGCAGCCAAACUGGUUCCCAUGGGCUUCACCACGGCCACAGAAUUCCACCAGCGGCGGUCGGAGAUCAUCCAGAUCACCACUGGCUCCAAAGAGCUGGAUAAGCUGCUUCAAGGAGGAAUAGAAACAGGGUCCAUAACAGAGUUAUUCGGGGAAUUCCGUACUGGGAAGACGCAGCUGUGUCACACCUUGGCCGUCACCUGUCAGCUCCCCAUAGACCGCGGCGGCGGCGAGGGGAAAGCCAUGUACAUCGACACGGAGGGGACCUUCCGUCCAGAGCGGCUCCUGGCCGUGGCUGAAAGGUAUGGCCUGUCUGGCAGCGAUGUCCUGGACAACGUGGCCUAUGCUCGGGGCUUUAACACCGACCACCAGACCCAGCUGCUGUACCAGGCCUCGGCCAUGAUGGCUGAGUCACGGUACGCGCUGCUGAUCGUGGACAGCGCCACGGCCCUGUACCGCACGGAUUACUCGGGAAGGGGGGAGCUCUCCGCCAGGCAGAUGCACCUGGCCAGGUUCCUGCGGAUGCUGCUGCGCCUGGCGGACGAGUUCGGCGUGGCCGUCGUCAUCACGAACCAGGUGGUGGCACAGGUCGAUGGAGCUGCCAUGUUCGCUGCAGAUCCCAAAAAGCCCAUCGGAGGCAAUAUCAUCGCUCAUGCUUCCACCACCAGACUGUACCUGCGGAAAGGCCGAGGCGAGACCAGGAUCUGUAAAAUCUACGACUCUCCGUGCCUGCCCGAGGCUGAAGCCAUGUUUGCAAUCAAUGCCGACGGAGUGGGAGAUGCUAAAGACUGAAAACUCCUUUUCGUCCCCUGAAUCCCAAGACUCUGGGUCUGUAAGAGGCUCCUUUCCCGCUGGCACCUUAGGGAUGCUUCCCAAGGCAGCGGGCGCAGGAAGCUGUGGCCCGUCAGCGCGGGAAGCGCCGGGACGCGCCGAG